AUGAUUCGAUCAAGUUUUAUUGCUAUGUUGCUAAUGUGCGUUGUCUGUUCAUUCUGUGGUAAAGAUUUUGUUACGCUUGGUCGACACUCGUGGCGUUGUAAACAACGAGUUGAUCAAGCAGAACAAAGUGAUUCGGAAAGUCCAAUAACAAGGGAAGUGCCUGUCGUGAAUUCACCUACAGUCGUUAUUUCAAGCCGGACUGUUGUUAAAUGCUGCUGUGGAAAAAUUUGUAAAGGGACUCGGGGUCUCAAGAUGCACCAGCGUAGUUGUCGCGUUAUACAUGGGCUUAACAACGAGCUAUGUACAGAUCUUGAAGAACAGAAUGAGGAUGACAACACAGAAGGAGUUCUUGCGGAUGAUGAAGUUACAAAUUUAACUACGGCUGAAAAUGAAACAAGUCCAGUUCAGGCAGUUCUUAAGAAAAGGAAUAAAGCUGCCGAAAAAAUAUUCAGAAUG